GAUCUGCACAACCUUUGCGACCUACAGAAAAAAGCCAAGCCCAUCUGCCAGGAAUUUGAGCAAAUUUUCGAGGAUAGCAAAGGUGAACUCAAAAGAUCUAUUUCGACAGCAUCGUUCAACAAGUUUAACGAGAUUUGGACCCGCUGUAGUGGAGACAGCUUAGCUGACAUUGUGGGCCGGCGUUUUCAAGAGGCGGCUGCCAGGGCUCGUAAAACGAAGAAAACUACUGAAGCUGUUGCCCACUAUGCUUCUGCGACCGCUAAGCGGAACAAGAAGAACGACUACACACAUGUACUUGCCAUAUCGGACGCUGCCAUUUUUCGGGGAUAUUACAAUGUCGUAAAGGAAAUUAAAUCUGGG